AUGGCGGAGGAGGAAACGUGGGAAAUUCCUCCCAAGUUCCUCGGGUCCGUUCCGCAGGCCACUCCGGGCUCCAGCGGCGGUAAGGUUGUGGAAGGAGACUUUCCGUUGGACCAGGUCGUCAUUGACGAGUUUUCUCCCGGGACUGUGAUCCUGUCUUGCAACCGCUACGGAGCGUCUGACUGGACUUGCGCCGAGUAUGAUCAAGGACGGGCCAUGCUAGAAGGAGAGUUCCACUCCAUGAACGAGCUGUACAAAGCCGCCCCAGAUUUGGUUCCCAAGCCGCACAGCUGA